AUGGUGAAGCUUUGUGGUGUCAAGGUUCUGCCAUUCCUGGUACUUGUGCUGAUGUUGACAGUAUUGGUGGAGCAAGGCCAAGCACAUCCUUGUGGUAGCACUUUCUUCUCUGCACUCAUUCAAAUGAUACCUUGCAGGGCAGCAGUUGCUCCUUUUAGUCCUAUCCAACCAAGUGAGCUCUGCUGCAGUGCUGUGAAAGCUCUCGGCCAGCCUUGCUUGUGUACUCUUGUCAAUGGCCCUCCAAUUUCUGGUGUUGACAGGAACAUGGCCUUGCAGCUUCCUGACAAGUGUUCAGCCAACUUUGAACCAUGUAACUCUCUUUCUCAAAAAACUUGCGCACGAUUUAUCACUGCACUUUAUGGUGAUUACGGGAAAUUCAUCAAGAAACUUUUUGUGACUGAACUGCUUGGACCAUGGCAGCUUGAAAGGUCCUGUGGAGAUAGACGUGAAGAGAUCAUGCGGAUGGUGAUGAGCACUUCGUGUUCAGAGGAAGAUGGAGAAGCUGAGAAGCGUAGGGAGCUUGUGAAGGAGUCGUUUGAAUUGGCUGUAAAGUUCUGUUUUGGCGAAGUCUUGGCCUCUUGGGUCCUUUGA